GACCGCGGCGUGGAAAGAAUGAACUGGUCGCUGGCGCUUUCCCUCGUCGUAGCGUGUUGGGUCGCCGAGCCCCAAGGACCCCAGGCGGCUGUCACCCCAGAAACAACUGCAGACCCUUAGGACUCAGCACGACACUUGCGGGGGUGGGGGUUGUGCCCGCGCUGAAGCCCACGCCGGGUUAAGAACCAGGCUCUUGGGGGCUCUCAGUUUGGAAAGAGACCUACAUUCGCAGGUACUGAAUCAGGAUUCCCAGUAGCGUGUAGGGUGGGGAGCAGAGGAGUGGCCCGAGAGGGGGACCGUGCUCCAGGCCACGGGCGGGAGUUGCCCGUGGGCCGGCGUGCGGGGGAGCCCGGGUGUGUGCGCGCGCAGUGGGAGCGCUGUGGGCCGAGGCGAGCGGGGCCGCGGCGCACCGGCCUCCGGAACCAAACCGCUGGCCCUGCGCCCUGAGUUCUCAGCCGACGGGGCCGGCGCGUCCCCGGGCUCAUCGCCAACACCUGAGAGUCAUUUUCCCCGCCUGAAAGCCGCGUAGCUCACCUGGCGGUGCAACAGUUUCCUUGCCGGUUUCCUGUCUCCUUACAAAACCCAUCAUCUAAGCCGCAGCAGGAGGAAUCUUUCACACGAGGACCUGCCAUGUUUCGCAGGCUGGGUUGGCUGGUCCUGUACAGCCUGGCUGUGCUGCUGCUCAGCUGCCUGCUCUUCCUGAAGAAGGAGGCCAAGCCAGUGGGGGGCCCCACGGCCCGCCAGCCCUUCUGGGCUCCCCCGGGGCCCCGCCGCAGCCAGUGUCUCCCCAACCGCACAGUGGCUAACGUCUCCCUGUCUCUGCCCAGCCGCCACCGCCUCUUCUUGACCUAUCGCCACUGCCGCAACUUUUCCGUCUUGCUGGAGCCUUCCGGCUGCUCGGAUGACACCUUUCUGCUCCUGGCCAUCAAGUCGCAGCCCGGCCACGUGGAGCGGCGAGCGGCGAUCCGCAGCACGUGGGGCCGGGUGGGGGGCUGGGCGAGGGGUCGGCAGCUGAAACUGGUGUUCCUCCUGGGGGUGGCGGGGCCUGCGCCCCCAGCCCAGCUGCUGGCCUACGAGAGCCGGGAGUUCGAUGACAUCCUGCAGUGGGACUUUGCCGAGGACUUCUUCAACCUGACGCUCAAGGAGCUGCACCUACAGCGCUGGGUGGCAGUUGCCUGCCCCCAGGCCCACUUCAUGCUAAAGGGAGAUGAUGACGUUUUCGUCCACAUCCCCAAUGUGCUGGAGUUCCUGGAGGGCCGGGACCCAGCCCGGGACCUCCUGGUGGGAGAUGUUAUCCGCCAGGCCCUGCCCAACAGGAACACCAAGGUCAAAUAUUUCAUCCCCCCCUCCAUGUACAGGGCCCGCCACUACCCACCCUACGCUGGGGGUGGGGGCUAUGUCAUGUCCCGAGCCACCGUGCGGCGCCUCCAAGCAGCCGUGGAGGAGGCUGAACUCUUCCCCAUCGACGAUGUCUUCGUGGGCAUGUGCUUGAGGAAGCUGGGGGUGAGUCCCGUGCACCACGCUGGCUUCAAGACAUUUGGAAUACGGCGUCCCCUGGACCCCCUAGACCCCUGCCUGUACAGGGGGCUCCUGCUCGUGCACCGCCUCAGCCCCCUGGAGAUGUGGACCAUGUGGGCGCUGGUGACGGAUGAGGGGCUCAGGUGUGCAGCAGCCCCUUUGCCCCAACUCUGAGGGGUGGGUUGAGUGAGUGGACCCAGUGUUGAUUUUCCUAUCAUGAUGACACGUGAGAACCUUGAAUCUUGACCUGAGGGUCUAUGGGAAAUGCUGACUUCAUUUCUUCAUUUUUGUAACCCCCACCCAGACCUUGAGAACUGAUUAAAAACACU